AUGGAGGUGCCACUUGUUAAUUUUGAAAACAUGGAUGAUGUUGGCAUCAACCUGGGGGACCCAAGUGACUCUGGGUACCCAACCUCACCCACCUCAGAGGCACCUGAUCAGAACCUUUUAACUCACCGCCUGACGUCUCCUCAGCAAUCGCCACGUAGAGGACGACGUGGGUAUCAAUCUGGUCAAGAUGGGCUGUCACCUUCCACCCCUCCAACUCUGACCUCUAAGGCGAACACAAGCAGCAGCAGCCUGAUCUCUAAUCUCAAGCUGCUGAUCAACAGCGAGUCUCCUACUGACAGCGUCUUCAGUAAAGUGCCGAAGGAUUACUAUGAAAAUGAAGAUCUGUUUGAAAAACACUGCUUAGAUGAGAAAGAUGAGAAAAUUGUCAUCAAUGUUUCAGGCUUGAUGUUUGAAACCCAGCUCAGCACCCUGAGUAAGUUUCCAGAGACACUGCUGGGUGACCCUAUGAAAAGGAUAAGUUACUUUGACCCAAUGAGAAAUGAGUAUUUUUUUGACAGAAACCGCCCAUCUUUUGACGGGAUUCUCUACUACUAUCAGUCAGGGGGGAGAAUCCGCAGACCAGCCAAUGUUCCUCUAGAUGUUUUUGCAAAUGAAAUGGUUUUCUAUGAGCUGGGUAAUGAAGCGAUGGAGCAGUUCCGUGAAGACGAAGGGUUUAUCAGAGAACCUGAAGUCCUUUUGCCCACCAAUGAACUGCGGCGGCAAUUCUGGCUCCUGUUUGAAUACCCAGAGAGCUCCAGUGCAGCCAGAUCUGUAGCUCUGGUUUCUGUGCUUGUCAUCGUCAUUUCCAUCUUUAUCUUCUGUUUGGAGACUCUGCCAGAGUUCAGGGAUGACAGAGACUUUCCCCCAGGUUUCAUCUCAAUGCUUAAUGGCACCCAAGACAAUUCCCUUCAUCCCGCCACUAAAGAUGCGAUGGCAUAUCUCACUGAUCCAUUUUUCAUUGUGGAGACUAUUUGCAUAAUUUGGUUCUGCUUUGAAGUUGGCGUCCGUUUUGUGGUGUGCCCCAGCAAAAGUGAUUUCUUCAAUAACAUCAUGAAUAUCAUUGACAUAGUGUCUAUAAUUCCCUACUUUGUAACCCUGGGAACCGAGCUGGCUACCACGCCUGAUGAAGAUUUGAACUCAGGUCAGAACAUGUCUUUAGCCAUCCUGAGGAUCAUCCGACUAGUGAGAGUCUUCAGAAUUUUUAAGCUCUCUCGACACUCCAAGGGUCUUCAGAUAUUGGGUCAGACACUGAAAGCCAGCAUGAGGGAACUGGGGCUCCUAAUCUUCUUCCUCUUCAUAGGAGUCAUCCUUUUCUCAAGUGCCAUCUACUUUGCAGAAGUGGAUGAGCCCCAGACGCAGUUCGUUAGUAUCCCUGAUGGCUUCUGGUGGGCUGUGGUGACAAUGACCACUGUUGGUUACGGAGACAUGUGCCCCAUCACCAUGGGAGGCAAAAUGGUCGGCACUCUCUGUGCCAUUGCUGGUGUCCUGACCAUUGCCUUGCCCGUCCCUGUCAUUGUCUCCAACUUUAACUAUUUCUACCACCGUGAGACAGAACAAGAGGAAAAACAGGUGAUGGAUGCAGCAGCAGAGGCUGCACAGAAGAUGUCAGCCGCUAACAAGUAUGGAAGCAGCCUAUCAUUAAACAAAACUAAUGGCACCUGGCAGAAUGACAAAAACGGUAUGCACUGAUGGAAGAACUGAAACAUUUGCCCUUAUGAAAAACAC